AUGGUUUUACAUCGCCAACAAGCUCAGUUCGACAGAUCAAGAUGGCGCAUGGCGCUUCUUGUGCCGCUUUGGAUCCUCCAGUUGCUCGUCUUCCUCGUCGUCAUCGGUCUAUUCUCUUGGCGUCUGUCAGAUACACUGAAGAACUGGGGAACUGAGGAGGAAACGAAAGGGAUGUUCCCCAUGGUCGAGGUCGUAUGGGAAUCUGUCAACAUCGCCUUCUCCCUCGUCUGUCUAUUUUCCACCUUUUACGAAAUUUCAAAGCUCGCCGCCGAGACCUUGACGCCGUGGACCAUGCUCUUCACCCACAUCUUGAAAAUCGUCUGCUCCCUGGCCGUUUUGGCUCUCGACAUCGUCGUCUUUGUACAGAGAAAGGACAGCCACUACUCAGUGGUUGGCCUCGGCUUGGACUGCUUCCUCAUCGUUCUCGUUGCCAUCCCGGGCAUCUACUCGAUCCAGACUUACCGUCGACUCGCCAAGUACGACGACUACCAUUACCCCGUAAACCACAAGCCCUACGGCUUCAACGACCUCGAAGGCGAGACCUCGUACAGUGGACGCCUCUCCAUCGGCGGCCUCAGCCUCGCUGACCGCUCCCUCCGCCGGAUAUCGACGUCCUCCAUAAAGUCAUCGAUCGGCCUGCAAAAGCAAGAAACACAACAGGUAGAGCAGCAGCAACAGUCCGAAGCGACGUCACCUCAGCGCAGACCCUCGCAGUAUAACAACGAAAGAGACACGCAGUUCGACAGGUACAUGGUCGAGCGCGCCAUGACGAAUGAGUUUGGGUGGACGAACAACAGCAGCCCCGGAACCGACUCCCUCGGCCGCAGCGACAGCUACGUCGGCAGCGGGUCCAUGUCAAACGGCAAAGUCGUCACGCGGGAGAGCAUGGGCCGCGCGCCGAGCUGGGGGAGCUCCCACAUCCUGGUGGCCGUGCCGGAGAUGGACGAGGAGGAGGCAGCGCACGGCCGCGAGGGAGACAGACAGGCUCUUCUCGGGCACAGGAGGCAGGACAGCGACGACAGUAUUGCGGGGCCGAGUAGCCCGCCUAUUCUGUCGGGUAUGCCGCCGCCGCCGAGGAUCGAGAUUGAAGAGUCGGAUAUUGUCGGUAGUGGUGCUGGGGAGAAUUCGUGGGAGCGGAAGCGCAAGAGGAGCCAGUGA